CACCAAAAAAAAUUGAAGGUGAAUCCAGAUAAAUCCAGUUAGGGCCGGUUUCCAAAACACAUUAUCUACGAUUCAGCUGUACGAGAGCAAAAUCGUCAAUGAUGGAUGGAAUUCAGCGGCUAUUACACCAUCUCUCGCCGGCACCACUCCCCGGAAAAUGUUCCACACUCGGCAGAACCUCUCCGUUUCAUACACAAAUUCCAGUUCUCCAAUCCCAAUACAAACCAAUUGCAAGACCCGAAAUUUCUCCGUCAAAAUCCGCCAUUAAAGUGCAUUUCAUGAAGAAGAACACAGGUCUGGGUCUCAGUUCGUUUUCAACCGGUCCUGCUCGGGCCGGUUGGUUUCUAGGCCUGGGGGAGAAGAAGAAGAACAUUACAGAUAUACCGGAGAUUGUCAAAGCCGGUGACCCGGUUCUUCACGAACCCGCCGGAGAAGUACGGCCUGAGGAAAUCGGGUCGGAGCGUAUCCAGAAGAUUAUUGAUGACAUGGUGAAGGGCAUGAGGUCAGCACCUGGGGUUGGCCUUGCUGCUCCCCAAAUCGGUAUUCCCUUAAAAAUCAUUGUGUUGGAGGAUACUGAAGAAUACAUAGGGUAUGCACCAAAGGAAGAAACCAAGGCACAAGACAGACAACCAUUUGAUCUUUUGGUGAUUAUAAACCCAAAUCUUCAAAAGAAAGGCAACAAAUCCGCACUAUUUUUUGAAGGCUGCUUGAGUGUUGAUGGAUUUAGGGGAAUGGUGGAAAGGUUCCUGGAAGUAGAGGUCACGGGGUUGGACCGAUAUGGGCAGCCCAUAAAGGUGGUUGCUUCAGGGUGGCAGGCUCGUAUUUUACAACACGAAUGUGAUCAUUUAGCAGGAAUUUUAUAUGUUGACAAGAUGAUUAAGAAAACAUUCAGAACUGUUGAGAAUUUGCAGUUGCCUCUAGCUAAUGGAUGUCCUAAGCUUGGUGUUCGCUAGCAUUAUUAUUAUGGUUUACAGAUAUUUUGCCAAAAUUUAUUCAGAUUAUGUAGAGGCUUAAUAUAUGAGUAAUGAGUG